AUGUCCUGGAAAGAUAAGUUAAAGGGUCUCAAGGCCGAUUUUGAGGGCAUCAUCAACCCCCGAGAUCAAGGACAAGGCCAACAGCCGCCUCCGCCGCCAAUGGCCACUCGCCCGCCUCCUGGUCCCAGCCCAAGCUUUCACACCUAUUGGGUCCCGAGAUUCUAUCCAGAUACUCCUGUCAAUGUGGAAUGGGAUGCAAAGCUGGGGAAUGGCCCCGAUGGAUGGGGGAACCAGGAGCUGGAGCACUACACCGCUGCUCCAGAGAAUGCGUUCCACACCCCAAAUGGGCAGCUGGUCGUCCGGGCUUUGGCAAACAAUUCCUCACCUGCUCCCGAACAGAAAUACACAUCAGCCCGUCUUGUGAGCAGACACACCCUCGAGCGAGACCAAGGUGUUCUCACUGCUGUAAUAUUGUCUCCCUGUGCUGAUGGUAUCUGGCCCGCUUUCUGGCUCCUGCCCAAGGAACCAUUCAACUGGCCUACUGACGGAGAGGUUGACAUUGCAGAGACAUGGAAUGGCGAUCAUGAGAACAGAACGUGUCUCCACUGGGGACAGCAUCACGAACCUGACAAGCAUCGUGUUCUGGGGACAAGAAUCCCAGACAUGCACUCACGGCCGGUGCGUUAUGAUUUCGCCUGGCAGCAGCCCGGGGGUCAGGCAGGCCAAGGGAGAAUGAUUUGGUAUAUUGAUGGCAGAGCCGUCAUGAAGGCCCCGAUACCGCAGGGUACGCGGCCGAUGAGGGACAUGACCAUUUUGUUGAACGUUGCCAUGGGAGGAAACGUGUGCGGCGGGAAGACGCCUGCAGAUGGAUACUACGAUAUGGUUGUUUAUACCAUGUAUUUGGCCAGCGAGCUGGAGCAUGGAGGUUGGGGACGCUUUGAGGCGGAUUGGGGAAGUGCGCCGUUUGGAAAUACUUACUAG